GUGGACGCGGGCGCGGUGAGUUCCGAGGCCGCGGUCGUGGGGGUCGAGGAGGUCGUGGACGCGGCGGCGCCAACGGUUCCCCUGGUGCAGCCCCCACCGCACCCCAAUAAACGUGGGUAAUCUUGCGGUUGACCUGCUACUGGGUGAGGCUUCGGUGCCAGGUAGCUUCGACUUCCUCGUCUCUCCACUCUGGAUGGCCUCCGUUUUUCACCAAACGGGCUCGCCAUCCAGGUGCACUGUUCAUGUACUCUGCGACUUCCCUCUGACUGUCACUAUCUUAAUUAGGCUAUGGGUCACAGUGGUGUUAUGGUUCACGAAAGCAAUGAAUUUCCUGAAAGGUCUACAGCAGGAGUCGCAGCGCGCGGGGUGGCAAUGGACCGUGGUGUCUUUUUCUGUUCCUCGCUCUGCACCUUACUUUUGGAUUAUGGAUGUCCCAAAAGUCCUCGUUGUACAUGUUUCGCAGUUAUUCAGCGUGCAUAUAUUUGACAUUUUCUUUUCUUUUAUCUUUGGGCGGUAUGGACUACCGUUCUUGUCUGCUUUUCACACAUAUUUCCAUUCUCCUGUACUUUAUUUCAUGACAUAUGGUGAGAGGGGCACUGGGACGUGGGAGUGGGGUUGUUCACAGUUGGGUGGACAUGGACGGGGAUGGACCUCGGUGUACAACAGUCAGUCACAGUGGUAGACAAUGG